AAUACACAAACCAUAGGGCGUUUCAGUGAAAAUGGCCCUUGAUUCUUUCCGAGCGAAGUAAGAACUAAGAACAGCCGCCCCACGGCAGUCUCCUCGUUCGGAAGAAGAUAGAGCUUGGGGAAGGCGAGUACCACUACCUGACUACCUCAAUGAGUUAUCGUCGUCAGUUCAUUUUCGUUAUGCACAGUAACGGAGCCAAUGGGACAUGGUGUUCAUCGUUUUAGGCCAAUGGCGCAUCACACCCGCAGCCGACUUCCGGCACUUACAUUUCACAGGUUCUCUGAUAAGAUUCAGGCAGAAGGCAGUUUUCCGGCAAAUCAUCUCUCUUCUACAACUCAAGUAAGCAAAUUUUCCGGUAUCGCCGAAAAAUAUCCUCUAGUUCUACUCACAGAAAAACCAUUUUCAAGAGUAGGAUUAACAGACAAUUUUGAACAGGCGUGUAGAGAUCGUGAAACCCUUUUGUCUCUUUUUCGGGAUCCAAAAAUAGCACUUAGUUUUUAUGAUUCUAUUGAUCAUCAAAAACCCAUUUUCAUUACAGCUACUAUUGUACAUAUACUUGUCCUUUCGGGGAUUUAUCGGCCUGCAAUGUCGAUUUCCAAUAGGUUUUUGGGUAAGUAUUCCGGAGAUAUUUGUUGGGUUUUCUUCGAAUUCGUGAAGGAAUUUUUGGAUUGGGAUUCUAGGAACAAGGUGUGUGGCAUUCUAUUAGAAUGUUUGAUUCGUCAAAGGAAAAUUGCCGAAGUGGUUCAGAUCUUUCCACUGAUGAGGGAGCACAGUAUUGUGCCGACGGUGUUUUCAAUUAAUGUGGUUUUGAAGGAAUUGCUCCGUUCGGGUUUGAUGACGGACUUUUGGUGGGUUAUUGAAGAGAUGAAGCAAUUGGGUGUUGCUGAAGAUGUUUAUACUUGUGGUAUUGUGGUCGCUGCAUACUGUGAAGCAGGUUUGUAUGAUAAGGCAUUGGAUUUUGUAGGGAAGAUGUGGAAUUCUGGACAUAAUCCAAAUUCUGUUGUUUACAAUAGAUUGAUUGAUGGGCUUUGUAAAAUUGGAGAGAUUGAAAGAGCCAAGAUAUUGUUCACGGAGAUGGACAAGAAAGGUGUCUCACCUGAUUCAUGUACUUAUAAUAUUUUGAUUAGUUGGUAUUGUGCAGAGGGUUUGAUAGAAGAAGCGCUACUGUUGUUUGAUAAGAUGGCACAAGUGGGCAUCCAUCGGGAUCAGAUUACCUAUUCUUCCUUGAUUAGCGGGCUUUGUAAGAAAUCAAUGUUCCAGAGAGCAGAUGAAAUAUUAGAAGCAAUGAAAAUAGAUGGUUUGGUCCCUGAUGUAGUCUUGUAUAAUCUUCUUAUCGGGGUCCAUUGUAGAAUUGGAAAUUGGGUCAGAGCAUUAAAACUGGAAGUGGAGAUGAUUAGCUUUGGAAUUAGACCUGAUACUGCUACUUAUUCAUACCUUGUCGAUGGUCUUAGCAGUGGAGUUGAAGUGUCAAAACUGGGAGAGCUUUUGGAGGAAUUCCAAUUAAGUGAUGGUAGUUUGGAUACUGUUGUGUCUGAUGCCUUGCUAACUAUUGUUUGGAAUAAGGGGAAAAUUAAAGAAAUGUUUUACCUCUGUUAUAAAAUGGACGAAAAAGGGCUUUACCCUGGUGAAAUAAUGAGGGCCAAGAUUUUAGUUGGUCUUUUAAAGCAACAAAUGGUGGCAGAAGCUCAUCAGUUCUUUGCAAAAAUGUUUAGGAAAGGUCUUAUCAUGGAUUCAUUUAGAUCGCCAAGUUCUAAUCUAAACCAAGACUCUCAAGGUAUAUAUGCUUCUCUUAUUUCCAAGGAUAACUAUGCAUGUAAUAUUGUUAUUGAAGGAAUGUGCAGCCAGGGAUUGGUAAAGGAAGCUGUAAACAUUCUGAAGCAGAUAGAACUUGGUGGAACUUUCAUUGACAAAGCAAUUUACUAUACAGUUAUGGAUGGCUUGUGCAAACAAGGGGAUACUAAAAGGGCAGAACUACUUUCUCAGAAGAUGUCUGACAGUGGAAUUAAGCUAGAUGCAUAUGGUUACAACAUAUUGAUUAAUGGUUAUUGCAAGAAAAAAUUGACGGAUGCUGCUUUUCUGGUUCUUGAUGAAAUGUUGCUUAAGAACAUUACUCCAGACUUGGUCACUUACAACACUUUGAUGAGUGGUUUCUGUAGAAAUCAUCAAGUUGGGAAAUUGAGGGAAGUAUUUGCCCAUAUGAUCAGAAGGGCAGUGGGCCCUGACCAGAUUUCUUAUAAUAUUAUUGUAGAUGGUUACUGUAGAGAGGGUGAUAUGAACCGAGCUUCUAAACUGAUAGAGGAGAUGGAGCUGGUUGGUUUUUCACCUAGUGCACUGACCUAUGGCUCUUUGGUUUAUGGAUUUUGCAAGGGUGGAGAUCUUGACAAAGCCAAAGAAAUAUUUAAGCAGUUGAUUGAGAAGGAAAUACCACAUGAUGCCUGCAUCAUGUAUAACAUUCUGAUGGAUGGAUAUUGCAAGAAACGGUCCAUUGAUGAGGCCAUUUUACUCUUUGAGGAGAUGUCUGAAAGGAAUGUUAACCCUGACUUGGUGACAUAUAACAUUCUCUUAAAUGGACUUUGUCACAAUUCAAGGACAGAUAAGGCUUUGCACAUGCUUUCUGUAAUGAUGGAAAGGGGUAUCACCCCAGAUUCAAUUUCUUACACUGCGCUGUUAAAUGGCUACUGUAGAGAUGGAAAACUGGAGGAGGCAUUAAAACUGAAGGAGGAGAUGAAAAGAUCAAGUCUGACUUUUGAUGAUGUUGUGUAUUCAUCCUUGAUCAAGGCACUUUGCAAGGAGCGGCAUAUAUCAGAGGCUGAAACUAUUUUCUUUGAAAUGAAGGACCGGGGGUUUUCUCCUAAUUUUUUUACAUACAAAAUGCUUAUUAGUGGGUGCUGCCAUGAAGAGCGGAUCCAUGAUGCUUUGACAUUCUGCGAGCAACUGGUUGCGGAUGGCUUGAAUAUUGAUGCUGACACUUGUAUUGAGAUUCUAACUAGACUUCAUAGUAGAAAUAUGCUCCAAGAAAGUAAAAAAUUUAUGACAAUGCUCUGGAAGGGAAACUCUUCCAAUUUAAGCACAUUUAACGUUGUUGUCAGUAAGUUCUGCAAGAAGGGGAGGAUUGACUGUGCCCUUUGGGUUCUGGACCAAAUGAUUAACCUGGGAUUGGAACUGGACUCUCAUUCAUCCAGUUUCCUGAUUUGUGGACUAUGCAAUCAAGGAAAUGUAGUAAAGGCAGAGAUAAUUUUCAAGGAAAUAUUGGACAAGGGAGUGCUUCCUUCUACUUGUGCUUACAAAAUUCUAAUUGAUGAGCUAUGCAGGAAUGGUCUGGUAAAGAAUGCAUUUGAACUUCGUCGUAGAUGUGUUCAGAGGGGAUUUCUGCCUGAGAAAGGCUCUUAUAGCUUGAUUGUUCAAGCAGUCCAGAUGCUUCAGAGGAGUCAUUUGGGAAAUAAACCAAUUCAUGAUGUUCAAAUGUUGGAAGAUGUUGAAGUGUCUGGUUAAUUUUGUGGCAGAGUAUUUAUCUCAUUAAGAUUCAUUUGGGAAAUAAGAGUCUUCCUGAUGUGGUCUUUCAGCUGGUGCAAGCAAUUGUGGUCAAAACCCAUAGCAGGGGUCUUCCUGCCACGGAGUUUGUAUUGCCCACGAAAGUGGUGCACAAACAUGCUUAUCAGCGUCCAAGUAAGAUUUUCAGCAAGUCCCAGCUUAAUAUCUCUUGAGACUAAGAGCGGAUUCUUAGUAUCUUGGAUGUGGAAUGUCACAUUUUGGGUGGGAGUACUUCAGUGAACAAAUCUACUGGAUUGGCUCUCAACAAGUCUGCUAGGUAAAUUCAUAUGUAACAGCUGUGAAGCUCCAAGGCAUGCCAUGUGAUUUUCUUGAGAAAUUAAUAGUUAUUCCCUUUACAUGAAAGGAAUUGUUGCUGGUCUUCCUCAUGCAUGGACCAAAGAAGUGGAGGUGGCAGCUACUUUAUGUUGGGUAAGUUCACUGAAAAGCUAAGAUUAGUAAUGCAAUGUCUCAAGUUCUUCUUUCACCUCUUUUUAAUUCCAGAGUAUUGAUGGCUCUUGGAAGGAAGAAUGGUUUUUGGGCUGUGGAACCAAGCCAUGGUUCUUGUGGCCCAUGAGCUUGCGGUGUAUUAAGUACAGAAGUUGUGCAAUCUGUGAGCAUUAAAAAUUAGGUGCUAUGUCAGGCUGUUUCUUUCAGGGAACAAUUGAAACUGCAGGGAUGGUGGGAUUGAAUCAGAACUCCAUUGAAGUGUUGCCCAUUUUAA